CAGACAUUCCAGCACCUGGAGUCCAUAAAACAUUGUACUCCAUGUAACCGGCUACACAAAAAUGGCGCGGAUAUGGAAUACACCAAUAUUGCAGCUCCGUCUCUAGUGAUUAGUACUCUGUGGGUGCAAACUGAUGACGCAAAAACACUGAGACCUACAGGCGUGUGUCCAGCAAGGAGAGAAGGUGAAUAGUUAUAAACUGUCAGCCCAGCUGGUCAUUCUGACUCUGCCUGAUAUCAAGCCCGAGUGCCUUAACUAAAUCAUUCUCACUGGUAUUGCGGUAUAAGGCAGAGUCUCCCCAUUACAUGUUAGGGGUGAUACUUAUUGGGGUAUAGGGCAGAGUCUCCCCAUUAUAUGUUAGGGUGAUGAUACAAAUUGAUCCUUAUUGGGAUAUAAGGCAGAGUCUCCCCAUUCUAUGUUAGGGGUGAUGAUACAAAUUGAUCCUUAUUGAGGUAUAAGGCAGAGUCUCCCCAUUAUAUGUUAGGGGUGAUGAUACAGAUUAAUACUGAUUGGGGUAUAAGGCAGAGUCUCCCCGUUAUAUGUUAGGAGUGAUGAUACAAAUUGAUCCUUAUUGAGGUAUAAGGCAGAGUCUCCCCAUUAUAUGUUAGGGGUGAUGAUACAAAUUGAUCCUUAUUGAGGUAUAAGGCAGAGUCUCCCCAUUAUAUGUUAGGGGUGAUGAUACAGAUUAAUACUGAUUGGGGUAUAAGGCAGAGUCUCCCCGUUAUAUGUUAGGAGUGAUGAUACAAAUUGAUCCUUAUUGAGGUAUAAGGCAGAGUCUCCCCAUUAUAUGUUAGGGGUGAUGAUACAAAUUGAUCCUUAUUGAGGUAUAAGGCAGAGUCUCCCCAUUAUAUGUUAGGGGUGAUGAUACAGAUUAAUACUGAUUGGGGUAUAAGGCAGAGUCUCCCCGUUAUAUGUUAGGAGUGAUGAUACAAAUUGAUACUUAUUGGGGUAUAAGGCAGAGUCUCCGCAUUCUAUGUUAGGGGUGAUAAUACAAAUUAAUACUUAUUGGGGUAUAAGGCAGAGUCUGCUCAUUCUAUGUUAGGGGUGAUGAUACAAAUUGAUACUUAUUGGGGUAUAAGGCAGAGUCUCCGCCUUCUAUGUUAGGGGUGAUAAUACAAAUUAAUACUUAUUGGGGUAUAAGGCAGAGUUUGCCCAUUAUAUGUUAGGGGUGAUCAUACAAAUUGAUACUUAUUGGGGUAUAAGGCAGAGUUUCCCCCUUCUAUGUUAGGGUGUUGAUACUUAUUGGGGUAUAAGGCAGAGUCUACCCAUUCUAUGUUAGGGUGAUGAUACAUAUUAAUGUGUUAGUCCGAGUCCCUACUUAUGCUAGGAUGCUGUUACCUUCUAAGCUAUAAGUCAGGGCUUUAUAUGUUGGGGUGCAGAUACUCACUGUGGUGUAAAGCAUAGUUUUACCAAGUUCUUUGGAAGAAAUACAGUCUCCUUUAUGUUGAGUUAAUCAUGCUGGGGUGUACGACAGGCUAUCCUCCAUGAAUCCUGUAAUGUAUAGUAAUAUAUCCUUCAUGCUACAUAGCUCAGGACCAGUACAGUGUAUUACAACACGUGUAAGCUUGCACAUAAGCCUGUUUUAUUGAUUAUUAUGUGGUCAGCUUCCCUGUGAAUGUUUUCAUUAGAGUUAAUACAAUUUGUUUAAAUGUCAGAUUAGCCAUAUAAACAUUAAUUCCCACUUGGCCUUUUCUAGAUAUGUUGUUCAAACAGUUACACAGAUGGACAACUCAACAGGUAAGUUCUAAAAACCUUCAAACGUUGCUAUGUAUGUUUUAGAAAAAUGGCUUUGUUUUGGCAGCUUGGCAGGUUUAUUUGAUACAUGCAAGUAAUCUGUGCUGCUGCAUCUCAAUAUUCAUCCAGGGAGUCCUGGGAGUAUGUAGCCUUCAGCACUCCAGAAGUUGUGAACUACAACUCCACUGAUGCUUUGCCAGCAUUAUUGCUGUAAGAGCAUAGUGUGAAAUGUAGUUCACAACAUCUGGAGCCAGCAAAUUCCUGCCCCUAGUUUAGACCAUAAUCACCUUGCUGAUCAAUUGUUUCCCACCAUCCUGUUUUGAAAUAUAUUUUAGUUUUACCUGUUAAAUCCAUUAUCCCAAAGUUUGUUGUAUUUUGUUUUAGCUCGUUCCUGCUCACCGAGCGCUUGGCAAAGCAUGGAUCACUUCUGUGUCUCAGCAAACUGACACUCUCUCCAGAGAAAUCUUCAGGACCAAAGAAACUGACCCAGUGAGUCACAGAUGGUAGACUGUGCUGAACACACUAACAUAAAUUCAGACAGUGAGAUAACAAUCAGUUGUCUAAUGCUCCAAUAGAAUAAUCUCUUAAAGCGACCCUGACAUUUAAUUUUUUUUGGUUUUCCUUGCCUUAUACCUUUUAACGUAUAUUAAUGCUUAUGCUCUCCCCUUGCCUUCAUUUAUAUUUAUUUAUUAUCGCGUGCUGGAAUUGAAACAGAACCUACUUUUCCUUAGGUAUUGUAUGGAAGCUAGACGUGUCCGGAUUCAGUCACGGGAAGUUCUAUAGAAGUAUGUUAGAUAUACUUUAUUUUUAGACCCUUUAAAGUGACACUCCACUGCCAAAAUUAAUUUAUUUUAAUCACUGUUUAGUAGAUCUAUAAAUUCAAUAAGAAAGAAAAGAUACACACUUCAAUAUACACAUAUCCAAAAAUCAGACAAUUCCCUUCAGUGGUUAAAAAGUUAGUUGGAAGUACUUUUUGACCGACUGCCAGCAUGGCUUUCCUGCCCAAAACUGUUCCACAGAUUCAGUCUGUGCAGCCGGUUGAUCUGCUCCUCUAUCCUGGAGAUAAUUGGCUUAAGUAACCGUAGUAAACUCAAUUAUCUCCAGGUACACAAAAUAUCACUAAGUCACAACUGCAACAAAACACAUUAAAAUACAUAACUAAUAUUCUAUAACACUGAACCCCCACAUUUGACCUAUCCCCAGAUAGCUUGGAUUUGAGCACUCACUAUAGCCAAACAGCGCUCAGAUCCCACGAACACAGUCAAAUCGCCAUGGGGUUAAACCAUGGCAAGGGCUGAUGAGAGACAGAGGAGGGACAAAGCAGCCAGUUCCAACUGGUCUGGCAGUGUCUCUGGGACAACGCUCUGCUGGAGAAUAAUGGGACAGGAAAUGGGGGAGGGGAAGAGGAAGAGGCACACCUUCCCAGGGCUUCAAAGGGGCAGAAAAAGUGUCCAAAAAUCCAAUCAGCACAAAUAAUCGUUUCCAAAGGGCAAUACCCCCAGGGGCCAUAGUCCUGGGGCAAGAGGCUGGCAAACAGGCCCCUACAAAAACCAGUGGCGAGGUCACUUUCGCCACAGAGCCGUAUUAAUUGGAAUUCUGGUCAACGUGUGUUUAUUUGCAGGAUCUCCAUACGGAACAACAUGAAGGGCAGUAUUACCCCAUCUCAGCCCAGGAUGUUAAGCUGGUAUUCCCUCAGGGUCUUCCAAAUCGCUACCAGCUGCAGGUGAGCGUAAUUUCAUUGUAGUUCUCUCCAUUACAAACAGGCUGAUGUUUCAUGAUCCAAUAUCUCUCCGCUCCCAGUGUAAGACAUUCAAUGAAUCCUGCUUGAUGGUUCGCAAACCUGCGCUAGAACUUAUCAACUACCUACGGAACGCCAACUAUUCCCAUCCAGCUCUCCGUUAUGUGUUGUGUAUCCUUUCCUUGUGCCAGGUACAGCGCUGGCACAGCUGAGAUAAUGGGUUUGUGCUUGCUUUCUUUGGGUGUAGUGUGGGAUAUGUGGUGCAGAAACUUAAAAUGUAGGGUAUAGUUUCAGUUUGUAUCUCUAUGCUAUGAGAGGCUUUUUCCCUAACAGUUUGACGUUAGAUGGGAAGAAAGGAAGCGGUAAAAGUCUGACCUUGUGCCACGUUCUGCAUUACUGCCAUAAACAAGGAUGGCUGAUACUUAACGUUCCAGAUGGUAAGUUAUGAAAAAACAUGUGAUGUGUACUGUAUGGAGCGGUCAAGCCACAGACAAAGGUGGGCAUCCCAAGUUACUUACACAAACUGUAUGCAUCUUGGAGCAAGGAUGCCAUCCUACUGAGUCAGAGAAGUGAUUGUGUGUUUGAUAUACUGGAGGCUAGAGCGAGAAGUCGGAUUCAAUCAAAACAUUGUGUUUUUAAGGGGGUAGAUGCACCAAGCAACAAUGUGUGUGGAUUCCUGAUAUGUAAGGGCGUGCCGAAAUUUAAACUUUAGCCACAAAGUGGUGACUUACUUUUAUACUUCUCAUUUAGCUCACAUUUUAGUAAAGAACUGUAAGGAACUUAUGACGUCUUCCUACAACAAGGAUCGCUUUGACCAGCCCUUGGAGGCUUCUAACUGGCUGAAGAACUUUAAAGCCUCCAAUGAGCCCUUCCUGAAACAGGUGAGGGGGAUGGAAUGAAAGUUAUACCCCAGGGUGGAUUUAAAAAACAAACAAAAUAAAAAGUAUUUCUAUUCAUUUAUAUUUGUGUUAAACCGUAUUGAAACGAUUUCCAUUAUUACUUUAACCACAAUCUCAUAUUCUGUGCUCCCUAUUUCAGAUUCAGACACAGCAGAGGUAUGUUUGGAGCAAACGAGAGGCUACUGAGGAAGGGAGACCAUUAGGGGAGGUGGUUGAUCAGGUAAUGGAAAAUUUUUAAAGUGAUAUUUAGGGUUAAAAAAGGGGACAAAAGAAGAUCAAGUUUUGAAGUUUUCUAGACAGAAGGAAUAGAGUAGCUACUGAGUGGGCACGGGCAUUAUUGGAAUAAAUUAGGGACGGAAGUAGGUUCAGGCAUAAUCUACAACUAACUAGGCUUUAGUGGGAAUUAAGCAGUGAGUGUUUGUUUUGCAUAAAACAUAAGUGAUAAUAUAAGACCAAACGCUGAAUGAUGUGAUCUAAGAAAAAGUAACCCUAGUUGCCUGUAUACAAAUUGUUCAUCAUGUAUAGAUAUUGUUUUUAUGUGCACAGCAAUGGAAACCUCCUCUUUCUCCUCCUAGGGACUGACCAGAGUAAAAAGUGCCAGCGACGCAGUGGGUGUGGUCUUGAAAGAGCUUAAGAGGCAGAGUGGGGGCGGUGCUUUUCGUCUCUUAGUAUCGGUGGAUGGGGUGAACGCUUUAUGGGGGAGAACCACCAUAAAGAAAGAGAAUAAGAGCAUGGUACGUGAUGUUGGGGGGGCGGGGGAAGAGGACAAACUGGGUUAUGCUGUGCGUGGCCAUAUUGGCUUUAUUGGUGCCGUGAUUUGUAGUAUGCUGGGUCAGGUAUUAGCAUAGCAGGAUUUUUGAAGGGAAGUUGAGUCCCGAGCGCACAGCCGGAUCUGCCUCUCUCCAUCCUGCUAUGACAAGAUCAUACUACCUAAAGACGUAACAGUAAAGAGCUACUGUGGAAACAUUUGGUCCCUUUCCUGGUUUUUGAAGACUCUGAAGAAUUUAUGUUUCAUUGCUAAUUUAUCAGGAGGCAUCCUUGAUUCUUUAUGGGUGAGAUCUGAGCAAACCCAAAACACAACGUUUUUGCUUAUUUUGUCUUAUUUUUUUUCCUUUUUUUUUAUUUUUUUAUUUUUUUUUUUAAUCCAAUUUUUCUUGGGAUCUACAGUUACAUAUAACAGAUUGGGAAAAUUUAAUAGACUUCUAGAUCACUCUUCAUGAACUUUGAUUGCACAGAUUACUGAUUUCUGUGUGCCUACCAUUUUUCCCAAAAAAAUCUAGCUUCCUACAGAGUAACAUUAGCAAGCAGGUUGUUGUAUGUUCUGUAUUGUGGUGACUUUAGACAUUUGUAAUAAUGGAUUGUAUUUAUGGUAAUUAGGCACUUAGCACUUUAGUUUUCCUUUGCCUUACUAUUUUGGUGGAGAAAUCAUUGCAAAGUAUAUUUAACAUUGUAUGGGAUAGACGAAUACUCUAUCUAAUUGUAUUAAGCUGUGUUAAUACAUUAUCAUUUAAUUCUCUUUUCUACUACUUUGAGUGUGGUAUCCUUUUGGUAUUAUAUAAUUUUGGGUCGCUAGAGGUGACCCAGAUACCUGCACCUUAUGUGUGAGUGAGUGCAAGUACUACCUAGAUUUAUUCGCAUAUUGUAACUCGUGCUCUGGUCUUUAAGAUCCACACCGUGAGAUCUACUGCACUGGGAAAUGAAUGAAUGCAUCUCCAUUCUAUAGCCCAUAUAAAAAAUAUUGUUUUAAACCCUUUCUCCUGUUGUAGGUGUCUCCGGAGGAGCUAACACUUAUCCAUAAUCUUAGAAAGAUGCUAAAGAAUGAUUGGGUAAGUGGGACCUGAAUAUUCACCAUUACAUUGAGUACUCUCACAUUCAUAAAGGCAUCUUUUAAAAGCUGCAUGUGGGUGAAUGUGUCAUUGUUAGGUUACAUUCAGAUCUGCCUCCUGGUGGAACAUGACUAUCUAGAGCAGGGGUGGGGAACCUUCGGCCCUCCAGAUGUUCUGCACUACAUUUCCAUUGAUGCUUUGCCUGCAUUAUGGCUGUGAGAGCAUUAUGGGAAAUGUAGGGCAGACCAUCUGGAGGGCCAAAGGUUCCCCACCCCUUAUCUAGGGAAAGAGGACUUAAUUAAGCCUUUUUCUGGCGUUAACAUGAUUCCCCUGGGCACACACUCAUAUCAAACACAAUGACUUCAAAUUCUGCAUCCACUUCGAACCAAGUUCACUAAGCAUCGGGACAUAUUUAGGUAAUUGUCAAGCUGGACUCAAUUUAAAUUUGAAAGUGUGACGAACUGGUGCUCAAGUGUGAAAUUUUAACAUGAUAUUUGUUCUUUUGUAGAACGGAGGUGCAAUUAUCACGAGUGUGACACAAACGGGCUCUCUGUUCCAGCCAAAACGUGUUUAUUUGCCGCAUGAGCUGCUUGGGAAGGUAAGACCAUGCAACAGCAGAACACUGGAAAUCUGGGCUUUUCUAUUUUGUUGUAUCAUACACUGAUCAGCCACAACAUAAAAACCACCUACUUAAUAUAAUGUAGGUCCCCCUCGUGCUGCCAAAAUAGCUGAUGCAUUGAGGCAUGAACUCCGCAAAACCUCUGAACAUGUUUUGUGGUAUCUGGCACCAAGACAUUAGCAGUAGAUCCUUUAAGUCCUGCAAGUUGCGAGGUGAGGCCUCCAUAGGUCGGAUCUGUUGUUCCCGCACAUCCCACAGAUGCUCAAAAGGAUUGAGAUUUGGGAAACUUGGAGUCCAAGGCAACAUGUUGAACUGUUUGUCAUGUUCCUCCAACCAUUCCUGAACAUUUUUGCAGUGUGGCAGGGUGCAUUAUCCUGCUGAAAGAGGUCACUGUAAUCGGGGAAGACAACUGCCAGGGAGGGGUGUAUUUGGUAUGCAACAAUCUCCAGGUAGGUGGCACAUAUCAAACUAACAUCCACAUGAAUGCCAGGCCCCAAGUUUUUCCAGCAGAACAUUGUCCAGAGCAUAACACUCCCUCCCCCAGCCUGCUUUCUUCCCAUAGUGCAUCCUGCUGCCAUCUCUUCCCCAAGUAAAUGACGCACAUGCACCCGGCCAGCCACAUGAUCCAAAAACAAAAUUGACAUUCAUUGUUCCGUGGUCCAUUAGUGAUGCAUCCCCAUUGAAGUCCUUUUCGAAGGGGGUGAUCGUGGGCACUCUGACAUGUUUACGGCUACACAGCCGCAUACGCAGCAAACUGUGAUCCACUAGGUGUUCUGACACCUUUAUUUAAUGGGCAGCAUUGGGUUUUUUUAUCAAUUUGAGCUAUAGUAGCUCUUGUGUGAUCGGAUACCAGAUGGGCUAACCCCCAUGCAUCAGUGAGCCUUGGGUGCCCAUGACCCUGAUGCCGGUUCACCGCUUGUCUUUUCUUGCACCACUUUUGGUAGGAACGAACUCCUGCAAACUGGGAACACUCCACAAGACUUGCCGUUUUGGAGAUGCUCUGACACAGUUGUCUAGCCUUCACUAUUUGGCUCUUCUCAAAGUCACUCAGAUCUUUUCACUUGCCCGUUUUUCCUGAUUCCAACAAAUGAAAUUCAAGAAAUUACUGUUCAGUGGUUUUAAUGUUGUGGCCGAUCUGUGUACAUGCACUGGUUUAGAAAUGUACACAUUUACUGGUAAAUCUUUUCCCCAUAGGAUGGGUUUGACGCUUUGGAUCCUUUUGUUCCUAUUCAAGUCCCAAACUACAGUGAGAAGGAGUUUGAGAGCUGUUACCAGUACUAUAUUGAGAGGAAUUGGAUCCAGCAUGAGAAAGGUGCGAUGCUAAAAAUAAUAUUGUUAUUUAGAAAAAUUAUCCAUGGAAAGGGAACAAUAUAAUGUCUUCUUAUUUAUAUUAAAAAAAGUCACAAUUCAAAACAUAAUGGGAUUUUAAUAUAUGUAGACUUGCUGCAUUAUAUUUUCCAGUAUAUAAAACCAGAGGGGCAAGUCACUGUGAGAUUAGGGGGACGUUCUUUAGUAUCCAGAGAUGAAAAAACUGGAAAAUGAUUAUAUCCCCCAACCCCCCCCCAGACUAGGAGGACUCCCACUAUUUCAUUUGAUUGGACUGUAGCUUGAGCACCCCAAACUAGCUAGCUAAGGAAAAGAACCCAUGAAUAGAUAAACAACCCUCUCAUUGAUGGUAUUCAUGCUAAACAGUAAAUGUAUUUUGUCUAUUUUAGUUCGUACAGAAGAGGGGAAGAAAGAACUACUUUUUAUGAGUAAUUCCAGCCCUCGGGAACUGGAAAAGAUCUGUGCUUUCCUCUGAUACCUUGACCUGAACGUCCUGCAGAUCUAAUGACUUCUAUGUUUCAUGCCAUUGGCAAAACCAUUAUCAUCUGAUAUGAAGUACACUCGGGAGUUUGGGCAUAAGGAAUUGGAUGAUGUCCUUAUCUGUUUAGGUGUAAUGAUUUGAGGAAUGUGUGACCUAUUCGUAACAUGAACCAAUCUCAAAAGUCCAGUAAACUGGCUUUACGUUCUACAAAUACAAGAGAAACGCUGAACGCAACCAAGAGUCCAUCACCAGUCCAUCCAUCAGCAAUUAAUGGUCACUCUACCAGGGGAAAAGUACAGUAAAUUUGACUUGACUUGCUUUUUUGGGCUAAAUAGACUAAGAAUGCAACCAUCUCAGACCGCUCUACAGAGCCUGUCCAAUAAAGGUGAAUGAACACCUUUACUUAUCGUUCAUCGUUGCUGAUAUCACUCUGGCAAAGACCUUUUCAGCUACCUGUACUUUACAGAGCACAUCUAUGUACUUAUUUAAUAGACUUUACAAUUAAAACGAUUUCCUAAAUUU